UAUUAAACCUCAGCAGCGAGUCCUGCAGGGACAGGGCCUCGUGGACAGCUUUCCUGCCUGAUGUGGCACUGCAUUGAGACACCUCAUGGUCAUCCCCAGCCAAGAAGAGUCUGAUCCAAGGAAUGGAACACUUCUCAUACAAGGACAAGCUGAGAGAGCUGGAGCUGUUCAGCACGCGAAAGAGAAGGCUGCAGGGAGACCUGGAAGUGACCUGCCAGUAUCUAAAGGCAUUGCCAAUGGAUGAACUUGUGCAUGACUUGGCCUCAGCCUUAGAACAGACUUCAGAGCAAAACAAGCUGGACGAACUAUGGGAAGAGAUGGCCCUAAGCCCACGGCAGCAGCGACGCCAGCUUCGCAAGAGGCGGGGUCGCAAACGACGCUCAGACUUCACGCAUCAGGCAGAGCACGCCUGCUGCUACAGUGAGGCCUCUGAGUCCAGCUUGGAUGAAGCUGUGAAGGAUUGCCGUGAGGUGCUGACAGCCAAUUUCAGUGACUCUGAUGACAUGGCAGCGGUCAAACGACAUCCAGCUCUCAGUGCCACCCUGAGGAGCAAGCAACACUCAUGGCAUGAGUCAGACUCCUUUACAGAGAAUGCACCCUGCCGGCCUCUUAGGCGCCGCCGCAAAGUCAAACGCGUGACAUCAGAAGUGGCUGCCAGUCUCCAGCAAAAGCUCAGGGUGUCAGAGUGGAACUAUGAGAGGGGCUGCAGGUUCAAGUCAGCCAAGAAACAGCGUCUUUCACGCUGGAAGGAAAAUGCCCCGUGGACAUCAUCUAGUCGUGGCCUUUGUGAAUCGGGAGAGAACAGGCCCUUCCUCAGCAAGGCAGGAAGGAAGGAGAGGAUGGAGUGUGAAGCUGAUGAACAGAAGCAAGGCUCGGAUGAAAAUAUGUCUGAAUGUGAAACGAGCAGUGUAUGCAGCAGCAGUGAUACCGGACUGUUUACCAAUGAUGAGGGCCGCCAAGGAGAUGAUGAGCAGAGUGAUUGGUUUUAUGAGGGAGAGUGUGUCCCAGGAUUUACUGUCCCCAACCUUCUUCCCAAGUGGGGAGCUGACCACCGUUCUGAAGUGGAACGGAUUGACUCAGGCCUGGACAAGCUCUCAGAUUCCACAUUUCUCUUGCCCUCACGACCAGCUCAAAGAGGAUUUCACGCUCGCCUGAACCGCCUUCCAGGAGCUGCUGCCCGCUGUCUGCGGAAAGGUCGAAGGAGGCUUGUUGGCAAGGAGACCUCCAUCAGCACUGUGGGCACUGAGAGGCUAGGUCAUGUUAGUGAUCCACGCCAGAAAGAUUUUUGGUUACCAUCAAUGGGGAAGAGAGAUCGCAACCAGUUCAAUCCAUUAUCUCCUCUGUACUCUCUGGAUGUGCUUGCUGAUGCUUCCCACCGAAGAUGCUCACCAGCACACUGCACUGCCAGGCAAGCAAAUGUACACCUGGGACCACCGUGCUCAAGGGACAUCAAGAGGAAACGAAAGCCAGCUGCAGCCUCCAUGUCCAGCCCAACGUCAGCAACUUUAUCUGUGCACAUGGAUGCUGCAGAGUCAGACCUACCAGCAACACCACCAUCCCCGAGGUCCCAGAACCCUGAGUGGACAGGGAAAAUACCAGCAGCUGAGAAAGCCACAAUUGCUGCCUCCGCUAACUUUUUUAAAAUGCCACCAGAGAAGAGCCCUGGAUACAGCCAAAAGGAAGCAUUGCAGCUGUAAAAGCGUGCUGGAUUUUGGACGUGUUUGACUCUCCACCAAACACCUUGUUUGGCAGUAGAUAUAUCCUCAGUACUGGUGCGUGAUGUGCGCCAUUAUCCAGACAGAAUCUGUGUUUAAAAACAGGUAACGAGCGUUGGGACUGCAGUGACUGUUUAAAAUGCUCCUGCUCUUGCUGUAUUUAUUAUGCGUUCAUCUCCUUACCUGAUGCCAACUCAUUCAUAUGGAUUGUGUACAGAAUCUUUUGGGUUUCAGAUCUUGGAUCUUUGUGCACUCUGUGCUUGUUUGCUGCAUUCGGGCAUUUUCUGGGUGAAAGUUCCCACUGCUACUGAAGGAGGCAGAAGUCAUCCCCUGAUUUCUUCUAGGCCAGGAGGAUUUCUUGGCUGGGUAAUGAGAGUGAUAACAAGUUGAAAUAUGUAAGCAGAAUUCUGUGUUUGUGGAAUGUUUCAGGCUGUGUGUAUGAACUUGAACCAUGUUCCUUCUAAUGAAACGAGUACAGUGCAUGUCAAUUCAGAAAUUGCCAUUGGCCCACUAGCAGCAUGGUCCCUUUGACCUUUUCCUUCUGUCUUUUUCCGAAUGUCUUCUGUCUUGCUUGUGUAUUGCAUGUUCUUUCCUAAAUUUCCUGGACAAGGAUUUGGGAGAACCAGUUGGACAUAAAUGUGCAAAGUGAUGUCAUGGAAAGGAACUUGGACCUCCAACACAUUUGAAGUAUGUUAGAGGAUAAACCAAACUUCUGUUUCUUAGUGUUUAACUUCAAAAGUGAUUGUCAGAAUUUCCCAGCACAUUUUCAACUGAAGUUAACAGAUAGCUGAAUGAAAAAACAAAGAAUCACUUCUAUUCAGAGCACUUUUGGCCUUGUUCAGACCACAGCUGUCUCAUGUUCUCGCUCCCUUCAGAAAGUAUUGUCUGCUCUAUCUGUUGGAAGUGUCUCCACCUGCUGAUGAUUGUACUUCACUCUGCAGCAUACACAGAAGAGAUUCUGUUCUCUACGUAAUGCUUGCACUUCACACUCAGUUACCUUCUAUGUUGCAGUAUAUAUGGGUAGUGAUUUCUCCCUACUUUUUUUGUAUUCCGUAUCAUAUUACACUUCAAUUAUUCCAUUUGCAGCAUAUUUUGGAGUUCAUUUUUAAAAUAUAUACCUGUAUAGGAUGUAUCAAGGGACCGGUGACCUCACGGGUUCUCAAGUCUUUUAACAAUAGGAUAUAUUUGUAUGCAUACCGUUGUUUUUACUUUCCUCACUGGGUGGAGCUUUCAGACAGGACUGUUAAAGCUUCUAAAAUUCAUUUUGAAUAUGGAAGUUCACCUAGGACUGUUUUUACUGUUUUUGCAGUGGUUUUAAUUGUUUUGCCAUGUUUACCUCUGUUUUAUAAAUGAGUAGUUGAGGGACAGAUUUGAUAGCAAGGGCAUAUGGUGGUAUUUUAUAUUUAAUUAUGUAUUAAAAUGUUAAAUGGUCAUAACGUAUACAAAACAAAAAUGGAAUGGCUCAGUCUAAAUGCAGAUUGACAAAUACAGUUCUAUUACAGACAUCCUGCCUAUCUCUGAUCCCCUAAUACCUGCUUAUUCCUGGGGAGAGAUCCAAAUUGGAUUUAUGUUUCGCAGCCCAAGCAAACUGUCAGAUCUGUCCAUGCAAAUCCCUCUCAAAACGUUUUUUUUGUUGUUGUUGUUAGCGGUACAUUUUAGAACUAUAUGAAUCAAGAAAAGCCCUUAUAUCUUGCUAAAGGAGUACAGGGGUCAGUUCAGAUUAUGAGACAGGCUGUGGGGGUUUUGUGGAGACAGGAGUAUUCCUGUUUUAAAGUUCCUGGAUUGUCUUAUUUUGUACUUCAAGCGCUUGGUUCAGUGGUGCUUGGGGGUUAGUGGGAGAGGUCUAUAGUCUGGAACUGAAAAGUAGUGUCUUGUCUGCCUAGGACUUGUGAGCAUGUUCAAGGCAAGGGUGAUCACCUUCUUAUGACAGUGUGCAGAUAAAUUUUAGUUUUGGGAACCUUGUAACCUAACCUGCAGCCAGUUUCAGUGACAAGGAGUAGUCUCCCUAAAAGAGCAUUUGUGCAAUUCAGACGCUUUUAUCUCAAGAAGGAUCUUCUAAAACUGCACUUGAUUUGAGUCUGUUCAACAGAUGCACUUCUGUUUCAAUUCAGUUGAAAUUUUAAUUGGUGGCCUUUUGUGCUCCCCCUUUUUAAAACAAUUCUGAUAUUGUAUGAUAUAUUCUGAGGAUUGUUUGGAGUAGUUCUGCUUUUUCAGUAAUCUAAGGACAAUUUUAAAACUUUUAUGAAAGUUGUUGUGAGGUUUUAGGGAAUUAAUGGCCUUUCUCUCACUCUUGGGAGAGACACCAGACUUGACAUGAUUUUUCUCUGGGGGCGCUGCAAGAUAAAUCAUCAGAUUUUCCUAUUGAGGUCAGUAGUGCUGUUCAUCUUGUUAAGCCCUUGCUUAGACUGUAAGCUCCCUAGGAGGUCUUACUUGCCUUUAAAGUUUGAAUGUACCUGUGGCACUACUGAAGAGCAACCGUAGCAGGCCUUGUCUUGAUAAAUAGUGUUUCCUGCCACUGCAACUUCCUGAAAGUGAGGGAGACUCAAAUUCCUGCAGCUGCCCUCUCUUCAGUAUUUGUGUGUUAGACUCCAUUUGUAGGUCAAUCAGGCUCUUGAUCAAAUUUGAUUCUCCUGACUGGCAGACAACCUAAAUGAAUCACAUGUCAUGUUCCAUCUUAUUACUCCAGGGUUUAUCUAAAUUCGUCGUCAUACUUCAGUAGCUUGAUUCAGAUUUCAAUAUUUGCAGCAUUCUUUGAUGAAUGAAGUAGUUGUGUUGUUUUGCAGUACUCACUUGUAUUCCAUUUCUUGUCCACCAGGACUCCCCACUUAUUUCCAGAUCUGUCUUCCUCUCUAGUUGAUGUUCAGCCAGUGUCUUAUAUAUGGCUAAUCUGUCCCAGAUGCAAGAAUCUGUACCUGUCUUUGGGUGAGAUUCAGGAGGUUUUUGUCUGCUUACUCGUUCAGUCUGUCAAGGUCCCUCUGGGUGGUACCUCUUGCAUGUCAGCAACUCUCUCCAGUAUGUCUGUUUUUCUGUUGUUGAGAGUUUGUUCUGUCUCUUUCUCCGCAUCACUCAUGAAAACACAGAAUAGCAUCAAUCCCAGUAUUGUCUUCUGAGGCACACUUUUCAUACCUUGCUACCAUGUAGAUUUCAAACCAUUGGUCAUUCCUUGAGCUUCACAGGUCAACCAGUUUCUCACCAACCUCACUGGGCUGCAUGCAGAGCUCCCCAGUACAGCUUAUAAUGAUGCUGUGAGAAACUGCAUCAAGAGGUUUGCUGAAAUCAAAGUAAGCAGCAUUCACUGCCCUCCACUGGCAUUUCAUUCUAGAAGGCAGUCAAAUUCAUACCUCAUAAAUCUGACUGCCGCUCCUAGCCACCUUCUUGUCCUUUGAAGCUUGGAAAUGGCUUGCAGAACUCGCUCAAUAAACCUAGGAGAGGCAGAGGUAAGGCUGACUAGCCUAUCAAUCCCAUUUCCUCCUCACUGCAUUUCUAUAAAGCGGCAUAAUGUAUUCUCUUUCCUGCGUCUGUUAUUGGGAACAUCAUGCAAUUGCUACAGGUUUGCAAAGUGAUAAAGACCAGCUCAUAAUGACAUUCUUACGCAAAGAGGGCUUUAUUUAUGUACAAGAACGUUUAUAUGUAGUGGAAGAGAAAGCCAGAGCUGGGAGGAGAACAUUCAGUAGUUAUUCUUUGCACAUUUCUUGUAGCCCAGUGAGCUUUUGUGAGGCUUACAUUCCAGUUUGGUAGAUACCGGGGGGGGGGGAAGUGCAAAUUAAAGAAUGAAUUUAUGAUUUUAAGGUAAGGUACAGUGAAGAGUGAAGGAGGCAGGAAAACAGUAGUUGGAGAGAAACUCCUAGGAGGCUGGGACUAGUGCUACUGAAUGAUAAAUUAGCUUCAUGAUUGUACUAUGCAGAGGUGUGUCUUGCUAGCGUUCCUGAAUAAUGAUAUUGAGGUGCUUAGUGCUGCCCUUCAAACUGUAGAAGCUCGCUCUGUUACUUGGUGGAUGUUGCAGACAGCUGCUCAGUGGGCAGAGAAUGAGAAGGAAAUUGGUGAAGAACAGUCAUUGAGAAUCUUCUUUAUUGUAAUUGCCUUCUGUACUGAAGAAAGAAGAUGCCAUGAUGUAUGUGACUGGAAAUUGAGAAGGAAUUAUGUCAAGCAGAUAAGGACUUUGCUUUGAUGUCUUCAGGAACAGUUUCUUAGCCAGAGAGCAUCUCAGUGAAGCAAAAGUAAACCCGUUACGUGUCAUUUGUUCAAAAAAUGUGAUUUAACAGCCCUGGAUAGGAGACCAUCAAGGGAGAAUGAAUUUCUGUUCUCACUUUGAUACUGUAUUGUUGUGUCUUGGUCUCCUGCAUUCUAGUCCUGUUCGUGUUUGCAUUGAGGCAUUCUGGUUUUGUACUACAAAAUACAGGAAAAAUAUGAUGCUGCUGCUUAGGGCAAAAAACGUAAGGGACUACUUGCUAUAAAGAAAGCAAAAUUAUCAGAGGCCAUUAAUAUUUACCCAGUACAAGAAUAGAAUUCAGCACAGAGAGAGAACAGAGAAUCUUAACUGCACCAAAGCAUCUUGUUCUUUAAGGAAGUGAACUGUGUCACAGGCAUAUGAGACUGAACCGUCACUGGACACCCAUGCAUGUCUAGCCUGCGGUCAGGUGACAUACCAACUUGUGGAGACAAAAUGUGCUUCCCAGCUUUGAUGAGGGUGGAAUUCCAUCUCAAGUGCAGACGUGGCUGUUAGUGUGAUUUCAGUGUGUUGAUAUUCAGCUGGAAUACCUGGAAAGGAGACUUCUUGUACCAACUCAGAGAACUGGUAAAAUUGGAAGAUGGACUGAUACAUUCUGUUAUAUCAAAGAAAGAUGCAAAAUAUAUAUAUACCUGCAAACAAUCACAAAAAAGUAUUGCUGACCCCUGCAUGUGUGAUCCGGUACAUUCAUUGUCUUUAAAGCAGAGCUGCCAGUGUUGUGAGUGUGAUCAUAUUAUGACCAUGAGGUUUUGCAGAGCUGUUCUAAUUUAAUUGUAAUCUCUGAAGAAAUUGGGAUGAAGAGUGUAAGAGAAGCAGCACUAGGUCAGGUCAGAAGUCUGCCUCGCUUGGUAUUCUGUUUCUUACAGUGCCAAAUUUGUAUGCAUAGAGGUUACUUAAAAACAAAUGAGUUGUAUGGUGAUAUGCCCCUUUUACAUUCCAGUAUCCCCAGUGUCUGGUCUCAAAAAAUAUAAACUUUUUUCAAGACUGAAGAAAACUUCUGUGAACCUUUUAGCAAUAGUACCUUUCCUGCAACUGAGUUUAAUUAUAAUUUUAGAGGGACAUGUAAUCUGACUUCAGAAACUUUAAGGAUUAGAUCAUUUUCCUUGGUAGUCAUUUUUCUUAUUAAUUGUCCCCUCAGUUAGGAAAUUGCAUCUUCUCUUGGAAUAUGCUUGGAAUGCUUUUCUCUAAGUAUCAACAGCCUGACACUUUUUCUUGUUAUGCUUUUUUCAGCAAGGUUGAAGAGUCCUAUUCUUCCUUUACAACUAGCUUCUUUGUUGUGUACAACUAUCUGUUGACAGUCAGCAAGUGCUGAUUAAUCCAUUAACCCAUGUAAUUCUCACAGUAUAAAACUUGUCAUUCAGCCUGUUAGUUCCUUUCCUCCAUGAACAUCUCCAGUAUUCCACAUUAAUCUGCCUUGUGUUCUAGUGUAUUCUUUACAGAAGUAGGAAAUCUUGCUUCCCUGUUGCUAUUCAUGCUUCAUAUAUUUGUAUAGCCAAAUAUCAUCACAAACAGUGCCAUAACUGCAAUAAAAUAUUCAGUCAGCUGACCCCUGAAUCUGAAGUUUUGCUUUUCAACACAUGGGCUCCUAUAAAGUAAGAAUAAUACCCAUUUUUUUCAAUUCCAAAAUGCAUUGUGUUUCCUUUAGCUGUAUUACUGUGCAGUGUUGGAUGAAAAGUUCUUGUAAUUCAGAAUACUUCAAAGCUUAGUCUGUUUGUUUUCCUUCUGUGAUGGCUGGUAACUUUAUCAUACUAAAAGACCAAGAUGGAAGGGUUCUUCUCAUGGAGGAGCCGUGCCUCACUCAUCUGAGAGAAGAUGGUGCUUCUGCAAGAAACAUUUUUCUGGAAAUAUAUUCUAUAAUGGUAGGGAGCAGCGACCUUGUAGAGAGAGUGCAACUUUAAAAUAUUUCACACUAUCACUUUUCCAAAAUAAACGUAAUGUUCCAAUGAUAGCACAGUGCCGCAUUUGAGUUGUUGCUUACAUGCUUAAGGUCCUUUCCAACCCACACUGUUCUAUGAUUAUAUGAUUCACAUCCCAAGUCUUGGGGACGUAAUGUUAAUGUCUCAUGCUAGCAUUUUUUUGUUGUUGGCCAGAAUUAUAUGUGAGAGUGCAUUGACUCGAGACUGCUCUGGCCUGACCUGAGAGCCCCCCACACUGGUGAAGCCUUUGAAUUUUCUUUCAAGUCUGGCAACACCAGACAGUUUGCCAUAGCACCAUCAGUUUCAUUGUGGCUUCCUUCUGUCCCAGACUUACUCAGAGGUUCACAAACAGCUGUACUCUAAAGAGUACAUGUAUAUGUCAAAACUGUUUUAUGCGGUCACAACAUUUAACUGUUUAAUAAGUAUUGGAUUCUGCAUUCUUAGGAGUCUGUUUUGGGGGAAAUGUAAAUAAGAUUGUUUGUAUUCUUUUGUCUUUAAGAUGUAUUACCUGAAAAAGGGACUUGCAGAAUCUCUGUUCUGAUUAUAGAAACUGGAAAUAAAUCAAUAUAUGAAAGAUUUGUUGUAUCUGAUACAAAGUGAGCUGAGAGGUGGAAAAAGGUUCAGUGAUAUCCAAGUAGAUUUACAGAAUUGGCAUGGUUCAUAAUCUUUUUGCUUCCUCAUCUGUUUCCUUAAAUACCUUGAAUACAAACAGCAACCUGA